AUGCCUGUAUCGAAAUACUCUAGCUCGACCUAUCAUCGAGGGGGUAUCCAUCCCAACAUCGUCAGAGGGGAGGAUGGAAGUAUCUCCAUCGUCCCUCCCUCGUCAGAGUUUCCUACCAAACAAGAAGAAGAAGCUGUGCAAGAUAGCUCGGGCCAAACAAAGAAUCUUAGUAGAGCGGAAUACAUCGCCCAGCGCCGAAGCGACAUCCUAAGCCGAGGUACAGCCCUCAUGGGGGAGGGCACAGAAAGCGACACUUUGGUAGGAGAAGACGACUCGGCGCUCACGGGCAGCUCGGCCUUUUCGAGGGAGGUUUUAGAGAGUCUUCCGAGAAAUGAAGGCAGGGCGCGUUUGGAAGAUGCGGAGGAGAUGAGAAAGACGUUGGAAAAGGGUGGGUGGGUGGUGAUGAGUGAGGACGGGGAGACGGAAAAGGGGUGGACGACGUUUUCGUUUGUGCAUACGCUGGGAGUGUAA